AGUCAGCUGUCAUUAUGGUCUUUUAAAAAUGGCGGAGUGCUUGGCUGCACGUUUGACCGCCCAGGAGGAGCAAAUUCGCCUCCUCACCAAGGAAAUAUCCACUCUUCGGGACGGAGUAAGCCAAGGUUUAAAUGCCGCCGGUAUCGAGGGGGUCUCCCCGGAGCUGGAGAGCCUGCAGACCGAGAAUGAGAAGCUUAAAUACCGGCUGCUGCACCUCCGGAGGGGUCUGCAGACUGAGCUGGAGCUGGAGGCAGCACAAGGAAAGAAACCACAAGAACUAAAGAGUGGCAAAGCUCAGGAGAAAAACACCCGUAAGGAGCAGACAACCAACAACAGAGCUGAGAAUAAGGUGGGAGUUGCAGAAACCAAAUCAGCUGACGGGAACAACAAGAAGGAGAAGAAGCAGGAAAAGGGACAAGGGAAUGGAGGUCUCAAAGAGCUGAAGCCAUGGCCUGAGUACAUUGCACAACGUCUGAGUCUCUAUGAGGAGCUGAAGAAGGAGAGUGAUGACCUGCUGGCAAGAAAAGCUACAGGCAGCAAACCCAUCGCUGUAGAGCUGCCUGACGGACGUAAGGUGGAGGGCAAGGCUUGGAUCACUACACCAUACCAGCUGGCUGCUGAUAUCAGCCAAGGCCUGGCUGACAACGCUGUGAUCUCUCGGGUGAAUGGUGAGCUCUGGGACCUGGAUAGACCUCUAGAGCAGGACUGCUCUCUUGAGAUCUUGCGAUUUGAUCAUGAGGAUGCUCAGGCUGUGUAUUGGCACUCCAGCGCUCACAUCCUGGGGGAGGCCAUGGAGCGCUUCUAUGGAGGGUGUUUGUGUUAUGGACCUCCCAUUGAGAAUGGUUUCUACUAUGAUAUGUUUCUGGAUGGACAGAAGGGAGUGUCCAGUGCAGAGUUCGGAGACCUGGAGACUUUGUGUAAGACUGUGGUAAAGGAAAAACAGCCCUUUGAGAGGCUUGAGAUCAGCAAAGAGACACUGCUGAAGAUGUUUAAGUACAACAAAUUCAAGUGCCGUAUUCUGAAUGAGAAGGUCACCACCCCCACGACUACAGUCUACAGAUGUGGACCCUUGAUUGACUUGUGCAGAGGUCCCCAUGUCAGACAUACAGGCAAGAUCAAAGCCAUGAAGAUAUACAAGAACUCUGCAACCUACUGGGAGGGCCGCUCCGACAUGGAGACUUUACAGAGGAUCUAUGGGAUUUCCUUCCCAGACUCAAAGAUGCUGAAAGAGUGGGAACGCUUUCAGGAGGAAGCCAAGAAUAGAGACCAUCGCAAGAUCGGCAAAGAUCAGGAACUGUUCUUCUUUCAUGAUCUCAGCCCUGGCUGUUGUUUCUUCAUGCCACGUGGAGCUUACAUCUACAACACACUCACAGAGUUCAUCAGGGAUGAGUACUGGAGAAGAGGCUUCCAGGAAGUAGCCUCCCCCAACAUCUAUAACAGCAAACUGUGGGAGACAUCCGGCCACUGGCAGCACUACAGCGAAAAUAUCUUCUCCUUCCCUGUGGAGGAGGAGAUCUUUGCACUCAAGCCCAUGAACUGCCCUGGACACUGCCUGAUGUUCAGCCACAGACCUCGAUCAUGGAGGGAGCUUCCCCUCAGGCUGGCAGAUUUCGGUGUCCUCCACAGGAACGAGCUGUCAGGAACACUUACUGGGUUGACCAGGGUACGACGUUUCCAGCAGGAUGACGCUCACAUUUUCUGCACAAUGGAUCAGAUUGAAACCGAGAUGAAGGGCUGUCUGGAUUUCCUCCGCUGUGUUUAUGAUGUGUUUGGAUUCUCCUUCCAACUUCACCUUUCCACCCGUCCAGAGAAAUAUCUGGGUGACAUCUCUGUGUGGAACCAGGCAGAGAAGCAACUGGAGAACAGCCUGAAUGAGUUUGGUGAGCCAUGGAAACUGAACCCGGGAGACGGUGCUUUUUACGGCCCCAAGAUCGACAUUAAGAUCAAAGAUGCAAUUGGGCGUUACCACCAGUGUGCAACCAUUCAGCUGGACUUCCAGCUGCCUAUCCGCUUUAACCUGACCUUUGUGGGGAAGGAUGGGGACGACAAAGUCAGACCAGUCAUCAUCCAUCGUGCCAUCUUGGGUUCAGUGGAGAGGAUGAUUGCUAUUCUCACAGAAAACUAUGCAGGGAAAUGGCCUCUCUGGAUCUCUCCGCGUCAGAUCAUGUUGGUGCCUGUCAACCCCUCCUGUGAGGUUUAUGCCAAGAAGGUGUGUAAACAGUUUACAGAAGCUGGUUUCAUGGCAGAUGCUGACCUUGACUCUAGCUGCCUUCUUAACAAGAAAAUUCGCAAUGCACAGUUGGCUCAAUAUAACUUCAUCCUCGUGGUUGGAGAGAAGGAGAAGAUGACUAACUGCGUCAAUGUGCGCACAAGGGACAACAAAGUCCACGGAGAGCUGUCGGUGGCCGAAGUGCUGGCUCGCCUGACCCUGCUCAAACAAUCCCGUUGUCGAAACGCAGAGGAGGAGUUCUGACCAGGACAAAGAACAAUCCAGACUCUUUCGUACGAAUACCUCAACCCCUGUCAGAUGAAGAGAAAAAUAACGGCACGAGUAAAGAGGGUGCAGUGAAAGUAUAAAACUCAUAAAUCAGAAACCACACAGAGGAACUGAUGAUACUGAGAUGAGUAGGUGUAAUGAAUGGAGCUGCAUAACGGUGCUGCAGUGCCCAUAAGAUCAUGAAUGAAAGGUAGAGAAGGACACGUUUGAAUUUGUGGUCUAAUUAUUAAAUUAUGUCAAAGUAAUUUAAGUCCAUCUGAAGGAAAGUUACUUGAUUGUUUUUGAAAACAAUGUGAUCGUUUUCAUAAUGAAGGUUAUGUGUGUCUGGCACUGAUUUUUUCACAAAGGUCUGUGUUUAUGGAGAACCCCAGAAAUAAAAAAAUCUACUGAAUUUGA